AUGGCCCGAAAAAGGGUGAGUGCUGAGGAAGUCUUGGCACAGGUGUUAGAAAGUGACGAUGAGGAGUUAGAUGAAAGUGACUACGGUCACGAUAGUGAUUUUGAGAGUGAGAAUGAGUCGGAAAGUGGGGCGAGUGAUGGUGACAGUAGCGGUGAUGAUGUACAUGAUGCACAGCCUGUAUUACAUGCACAGGGUCCUCCACCGCCACCUGCUGCUAGGGGGCGGCCCGCCCGUGGUCGUGGAAGAGGUGGUGGCAUUAGGAGAGCUCCGGAUAUGGUUAUUCCACCCCCCUUGACUAGGGAUACUGCUCGUUUUACUGCAACUGAUUUCAAUCCAAGGAGAGAUCCUGGGCCUACUGCUAUUCCUGAUAAUAUAAAUGAUGAAAGUACCCCACUACAGUUCUUCUCAUUGUUUUGGGAUGACGUUCUUUGGGAACUGUUAGCAACCGAGACGAACAGGCAGGCUGCCCAUCUAAAAACUGCUAAGCCUAACAAUUAUGUUGCUAAAAACUGGACAGAUUGUACUGUCAUUGAAAUAAAAGCCUUCUUCGGCCGUAGGGUGGCUAUGGAAAUGCUUAUCCAUAAAGACAGGUAUGAACAGUAUUGGAAGGUGAAAAAGAACAUGUUGACAGUCACACCAGGGUUCCCAAAAGUGUUUUGUCGUGAUCGGUUCUUGGCAAUCUGGUCAGUCUUGCAUUGUGUUGAUGAACAGGACCCAGCUUUAGAUAAAACUGAUAAGAUAUACAAGUCAAGGCCAAUUUUCAACUACAUCCUUGAGAGAUUCAAGAGGCAUUACACACCCGAACAAGAGCUGUCCCUGGAUGAAGGGAUGAUCCCUACCAAGAACUCUUUGUCAAUAAGACAAUACAUAAAGGAUAAACCUAUAAAGUGGGGCAUCAAAACUUUCCUUCUCACAGACAGUGAAAAUGGAUUCAUAAUAGAUGCAGAGGUGUACACAGGAUAUGCCGAUAACAUCACACGUCAAGUGGUCAAGCUUGUUGAAAGUGGCCAAACAUUUACUUUGGAUGAGGAUCCACCGUCUCUCUGUGCGAAAUACGAGCGACCAGCCAGCAAGGACCAGGCAAUUGCAGAACACCAUGCCCAUGCUCGUUUUAGGCAGUCCAACACCAAGUAG